AUGGCUCCAGCACCCCUCCUCACUUCCUCGCCGUCUAAAUCGACCGAGGCAAUCUCUCAGGAGUUGGCUCCAGCUAUCGAUCAGCUCAAAAAUCUCACCGGUCGCUCUAUAACUCUCCCGCUGGCCCUCACAGCCACCGAACCCCUCCUAUGCCUUCGUCAUACCUUCAUUGACGAUGCUCGGCCACGAACUGUCAAGGAUGCAUUUCGGCAACAGUCAGGCUUCCAAACACUGCUAGAAUUGGCUGACCAGCUUCCAAAGCUAUACGACCCUAUAACCUUAUCGAAGGAAGAACGGAGAGAUCUAUUGGGAAUUUACAAGGACAUCUUGGGAGUUCUUGCGGAAGGGCUUAAGGAUCAUUUUGGCAACAGGCGAUACUUUACCCGAAGAAUUGUCGGUGGAAGCAGCGCAGCCCUAGAACGAACUCUCACCGCAUUUGUCCAGAAGAUAGACAAUAUUGAGGGCGACUUAAGGCAGUUGUUCGGCGCAGUCCUUGCGGCAGCAUUAUGCCAAGAGACGGUGGCUGGUAUAUUCACUACAUUGAGUGGGAAGCUUUCCCAGGAUCAGGAGUCGCGAUCUGCUCAGGACAUCAGGAAAAUUGUGGAUCAUUACUUGGGAUCUGCCGAGACGGUUGAGAUUGCAGAGUUUCUAGGGCCAUUGCUCCGUGUGUGGCUAUCUCAAUCUGCCAAUUUAAAAGACGAUGUACUACGGCUAGGUCUUCCUGCCUGCCUAUGUCAAUUGGCAACCCAAUCCCAGAGAAAUGUCGUAGCUUUGCAUGCCACCGGAAUGUUGACUUCUAUCCUUCCUUUACUCUUUGAUGAUGGUCGGUCUGGUGUCGAAAAAGAACUCUACCAGGAUUUGGCUGGUUGUAUGAGUAGCCAGGGCAUGAGCAACCUCGACGACGCCGUUGCGUUAUACCGCAAAGCCCACGGAAGUCCACAAGUGUUGAAAUUUCUUUUAUCUGCUCUCAAAGCUUCCAAAGAGCCUGCCUCCAUACAAUUUGACCUGUCACAACAUGGAUUCUGCUCUGUGGAGUUUGCAACCCUAGGGCGUCAGUUUCCUCCAAAUGCUUCGGGUGGAUAUACUUUGGCUGUAUGGGUUCGGUUCGAUGAAUUUGACCUCAACACACAUACCACAAUCUUUGGGGCUUUCGAUGCAACUCAAACCUGUUUCCUCCUUGCCUAUCUCGAGAAAGAUACACGAAAUUUCAUUUUACAAACUUCGAUCCGUGGCUCACGGCCUAGCGUUCGUUUCAAAUCCGCGAAAUUUGAAGCCAAUCGUUGGUACCAUAUCUGUCUCGUUCAUAAGAGGCCGAAAAAUGCAUCAGCCUCAAGGGCAUCUUUGUUUAUUGAUGGCGAGUUUACGGAACAAUUGAAGAUUGAAUAUCCGUCUGCCCCUAACGGUAGUCGUCCCAACAAGCCACCUCGAAUUCAGGCGUUUUUUGGUACUCCACAUGAUUUAGCCAUGCGCCUCGGCAAAGGAGUUUCAACUUCUCGUUGGUCACUCGCCAACGGCAUCCUCUUUGAUGAGGCAUACAGUGACGACAUGGUGGCCGUAUUUUUCAAUCUUGGGCCCCGGUACUAUGGAAAUUUUCAGGACUGCCUAGGCUCUUUCCAGACGUACAAGGCCUCUGCCCGUCUGAACCUGCGCAAUGAACAUCUUCAUCCUGGCAAGGAGGAAUCCUCCGAUAUUAUCACUGCCAUCCGCAAACGAGCAAGUACUCUGGUCCGCGAGAGCUCGAUAUUGAUCAAUGUUUCUCCUGAGGCCGUACUUGAUGACGAUGAUGGCAACAACAUCGACGAGUCACAGCUAAUCAAAUCCUUGUCGAGACAUGCGGCGAAAAGCCUUCACCAGCUCACGAAGUCUGGAAGUAAUGCGAUUGCAAUUAAUGGAGCGACCCCUGCUAUCAAUGACGGAUUGACCCAACCGCAAGGAGUUGGUAUCUUGACGGGCUUUCCUGUUGUCACAGUUCCUAAGUCACUUGAUGAUGCCAGUUGGUGUUUGGGUGGCUGCGCUGCUGUACAUUUGAGUCUCAUCCAAGCAUCCAGUACUGCAGACAGUACCCGAAUGGCAGUAGAGGCGCUCUAUGAAGCUGUUCAAGAUAAUUGGAGAAAUAGCGAGGCUAUGGAGAAGGAGAACGGCUACGGCAUUCUUGCUUCCCUUCUUCGGGAGAAGCUUGGAUUUACCAUUAGUAACCCACAGGCCCUAACUAGGGCCGUCGUGGUUAGCUCCAACGACGAAGAGCAAAAGAAAUUGGCUCUUGAUUUGCUGCGCUUGACACUUUCCUUUGUGGGAUACGACUUUAAGCGUCCCAACCAUUCGAUCAUCACAAAUCCAUUAGCGUUCCGAGUUCUGUUGGUGGACUUGGAUAUUUGGCGUCUUGGAGAUCCACCUGUUCUAGAGCUGUACCACUCACAGUUCCGGACAUUUGCCUCCGACAGUAAUUACCGGCGGUUCAACGCACGGAGGUUAGCUCGCAUGCGCGUCAGCAAAAAGCUACUCGAGGCCUUGAAGGCCGGAGAUUUCACCGAACAGACCCUUACCCCUUGUCUUUCUGCUUUUCGCUCUUUGAUGGAAAGCAACAUGUCUCCUGACCUUCUUCGAUCUCUGGCCUUGGGAAUCACAUAUACCCUCCACAGGCCCAAUGCGCCUUUUAGUCUUCACAAAAAGAAAAGCACUCGCUUUGGCGGAGCUUUUACUCGUCCAAGCUCCAGCAAGUCUGAUCUAGAUAGCCAUGUACCAGCCAUCACUCUGGGUACCAAGAUGAUGCUAUUGUAUACUGAUGUGCUCUGUAACCCAUUUGACACAACACCGUUGAAGAAGUUUGCUAAAGCGGUUACCAAUAAGUGGCUCCUGUAUCUCGCUUGUGACGACGAGCCUGAGAUUGUUAUUCUCGCAAUUAGGAUCCUGGCUCGAUUACUAGUUGUUCAUGGUACUAGCUACAGCAGUAAGUUUGCUGACAAGAAUGGAGGAUACACAAUCUUGCAGCACCACUUGAGAAGAUGGUGGGACAUUCCUGCUUUGUGGCCUAUCUGCUUUUCUAUUCUCUUUGGUAAAGACAUCGCUCUUCUGGACCUUAACAGGCCUUUCAAUAGCGCCGGACUCUACGAAAUGUUCCUUGUUGAUGGUGAUAUCCGAGUUGCCCAUCCUGAAAUGCUUCCUGUGAUUACAGAAAUGCUGAAGAGUGGACUGAGGAGUAUAAUUGUGGCAGAUGAGCUGGGGACGCGCGCUUCUAGUCUGGAGAGCCCAAAAAUGUCCUCUAUCAGCUUGGCGGGUAAGUUGACAACAAUGGCUUUCCACUUUUUCCUCUCUUUUCUCAUCAUUAUUCUAGAUCUUUCCCAUUCGGACCGCACAGCACAAGGAUUCUCUCUCAUAUCCUCUGUGGUCCAAAUGCUAGCCGAGACGCAAUCUAAGUCACGACCAUUUCAAGAUUUCGCCGGGGAGUCAAACUAUGUCCAAGAGCUUCUCGCAGUUCUGUACCCUGCUGUCGUCGGUUCUGACUCUAUUGGCGCCAAUACAGAGUUGAGCACUCGAUACGGCGGACUCUCCUUUGAUGAAAGUAGUCUGGUCGUGCGUCCCCGUUCUAGCGCUGCCAACGCCUCGAACGUUCUUCAGACAACGAGUGUCGAGUUCUCAACCAGCCCUGAUGAAAAUCCUGGCUAUUUACGUCGCAAUUCCUCUUUCAUUCUUGUCUCCUCUGACAAAUCGAAACAUCAACCAUCCUCGGCAAGGAUCCGCCGCGUGAUUCACUCCAGCUUUACCGCUGAAGGAUCUGCUGCGGAUCAUCCGCUAGUCAAUGCCAUUAUUUCAUUGGUAUGUUCUGUAUUUGAAGAUCAAAUACUGGAGCGAAAGGAAUUCUCUGGCCUCGGAUUGUAUCAUAAAACCCCUCCUGGAUUUCUGGAACAACAAGCGUUUUUCAAUUCUUGGAUCUACCGCUCUCUCUUAUUGAGGUUGAAGGAACUGCCCUCUUCUAAGCCGCACUUGCUCCAGGAACCUCGAGUUCUCACAAACAUCGCUCGUUUUGCAACCCACCUUGCAGAGGCAGUCUAUGAAGGCUGGUUUAUUGAUGGAGCUGCCGCUAGUCUUGAGUGUCUCGGUUCCAUCUUGGAAUAUAUCCAGCGCCCCGAUAUAUCUAGCCUGAAAAGCAUUCGACUAUGCAGUCAAGCAGUAGCGACAAUACAUUCCACACUGUACCGAGUGGUCUUGUUCCAGCUUUCAGAGACGAACGAUGAAGAUACUUUGCCAGUUUUGGAACGUCUGAACUACUGGCAGGUCGUGCUUCUCGCCGCGGCUGAAACACAAUCAAGACACCUCCAAUUGCUCUGCUAUCUGCUUUAUACCAAGCUAAUCAGCAUUGAUCAGAGUAUUCGUCUGGCUGCUGCCAGCUUUUGGCGGAUAAUAAUUGUGCAGAAGCCUGACGAGGUGACGGAUAUUCUUAACUACGGACCCCAGAUGCUGAGGCGCCGUCUUUCCCCUGGCUUCGAGGCUCUUUCUGGGAUGGAAGAUGAUGCUUUCCUAGAAUGGGUUGAUUCCGAGCGAGAGGACCUGGAUGCUUUGUUCUUUGAUAUUUUAUCUCGAUCCUGGGAAACUUUCGCGCAGGAAGAAAAUUCAAAGAGUGAAGAUUCGGCCAAAAAUCGUAUCACAAAGCGCAAGGAUAAACUCAAAAACUGGGCACAGUUGGAGAGGUUAGUUGAAGACAUGACACGAAAGCACGACGCCACCUUGCCGCACUGGAUAUCGAACAUUUCUGCAUCUGAAUUUCUCAAAUCCCACCGAUACAUGCAGGAUCUCCAAGAUAAUUCUUCUUUCAUGUGGUCGGCAUUUUCUAAUCUACUAGCGGAUCUUCGACGACCAGGUGGUCUGCUGGAAGAAGAUAAAGAAAGAAAAUGGAGACUCGACCAGACUGAGGGUCGUAGUCGCAUGCGACUCCGUAUUGUACCUGAUGACUCGGGAGAACGUCAAAAUUACCAGCCCAAGCGGAAAGCUUCUGAACCACCAAUAAUCAAGAUCGAUACAAGACUGCGCGCUCUAUCGGAAGGAGAGGCGAUACCAACGCCUACUAAUUUGACAGCAGAUACCGAGCCCAAGGAAUGUGAGUCACAGGAUGUAGAGUUGGUUGAUGGCGAUGGUGACAACCGCAGCAUCCUCGAAGACAACUUUGAAAUGAUUGACGAUCCCAAGCUCGAGUUGGAGGAGUAUGAAGAUAAGAACCGCAAAGUGAUGCGGUCUCUUCAGCGUGGCGAUCAAGUCCAGAACGUCUGCAACAUGUCCCGAAUCAUUGGCUUGGAGGCUGUGGAAGGGCUUUUAAUUCUCGGAAAGGACUGCAUUUAUAUUCUCGACAAUUUCUUCCAAAGAGCAGAUGGCGAGAUUGUUAAUGUCUGGCAAGCCCCUCUUGAGGAGCGGGAUCCGUAUGUUCGAAUGAUUUCAGGACGGGAAUCUCAGGAUCGUCGCUCCCAAGAGCAUGAAACAAGAAGCUGGAAGUGGUCUGACCUGGUCAGCGUUUCCAAACGCCAAUUCCUUUUCCGCGAGGUUGCUUUGGAGAUAUUCUUUACAGACGGCACUAGUUAUCUGUUGACGUUUUUCUCGGCUCGAGUGCGAGAUGAACUAUGUAGCCAACUUGGCAACAAAGCCCCACAGGUUACUGGAAGUGCAGGACACUUGCGACCUGAAGACAUUUGGCGAUUUGAAACUUUGCGCAGCCAAGAUGAUGCGCCGCAAUCUCUCGGAUCCAAGUUUGCCAGUGUAUUUGGUCAUCAAACUUCCAAUCCAGCGACACGCAAAUGGGUUCGUGGUGAAAUAUCCAACUUUCACUACCUCAUGCUUAUCAAUACGCUUGCUGGGAGAACAUUCAACGACCUUACUCAAUAUCCAGUCUUCCCAUGGGUCUUGGCGGAUUAUACCAGUGAGGAGCUUGAUUUGACCAAUCCGAAAACAUUCCGUGAUUUGUCCCGGCCUAUGGGAUGUCAGAUGCCAGAUCGUGAAGUCGGGUUCAUUGAGCGAUAUAAUGCCUUUGCGGAGAUGGGUGAUGACAACUCACCACCGUUCCACUAUGGAACUCAUUACUCCUCUGCCAUGAUCGUCUGUUCCUAUCUCAUCCGCCUCCAACCGUUUGUCAAGUCGUACCUCCUGCUGCAAGGCGGUACAUUUGACCAUGCCGAUCGACUAUUCUACUCUAUCCGAAAAGCAUGGGCGUCUGCAACCCGCGGGAAUAUGUCAGAUGUUCGAGAACUGAUUCCUGAGUUUUUCUACCUACCCGAGUUCCUCGUCAACUCCAACAAAUAUGACUUUGGGUUGCUGCAAAACAUGACCGCGAUUGAUUCCGUCGAACUACCACCCUGGGCCAAGGGCGAUCCAAAGAUAUUCAUUCAGAAACACCGCGAAGCUCUCGAGAGUCCAUAUGUGUCCGAAAAUUUGCACCAUUGGAUUGAUCUUGUCUUUGGUAGCAAGCAGAGAGGUGAGGCUGCUGUCGAGGCUGUCAAUGUAUUCCAUCAUCUUUCCUAUAAAGGCGCAAAAGACCUGGAUACCAUUGAUGACCCACUAGAACGACUAGCAACAAUUGGCAUUAUCCACAAUUUUGGACAAACCCCUGGUCAGAUAUUCCAACGGACUCAUCCUGAACGGGAGGACCAACGCUAUCGCGUUCCUCGACUCGAUACCCUUGCAGAAUCUUUGACUCAGAUGCCGCUAUCUCUUCUAAACAUUGAGGAGCGGGUGACCAAUCUAUCGAUGAAACAAGAUCGUCUUCUAUGUACCGCUGCUUUCAGAAUCAAUGUCCCUCCGGCGUAUGACCAUUACAUGGAAUGGGGAUUCUUUGAUGGGAGUGUACGUUUCUACGCAGCAGAUAGUCGCAAGCUUCUCGGACACUUCGAGCAUCUUCAUAUCGGCCAGCUCUCCUACGCCAGCUUCGCAGACUCGCGCACGCUCAUCACCUGUGGUACAGACUGUACUAUUUCCCUAUGGACAGUUACUGCAACUUCUAAGGCUGUUGACCUACAGCCUAUCGGAUCGCUCUUUAGUCACCGCGCCCCAGUCACAAUCCUCGCAGUUUCUCGCUCAUUCAGCACCUUGUUGUCCGCGUCUACUGAUGGGCAAAUCAUGAUAUGGGACUUGAACCGUCGAUGUUUCGUACGGGCACUACCUGCGGAAGGGACCGUAGAAUGUGCCCGCAUCAAUGAUGUCACAGGAGAUAUAAUCGUCUGUCGGGGCAACCAAAUGACCAUGUACACACUGAAUGGAGAGGUGCUGAUCCGGCAGCAAGUAUGCGAAUCAAGCGAUGACCACGUCUUGUCUUGCGUUUUCUACGAAGGGGCUCAGAACGAAUGGCUUGAACGUGAGCUUGUGCUGACCGGCCACAGCCGUGGUGUGGUCAACAUUUGGAGCAAGACUAUGCAUGCUGGACAGUUUGAACUGGAACUUAUUCGACAACUGCAUCAUACUGAUAGCAGUCGGGACAACGGUGCCAAUAUUUCUGCUGGGAUCAGUUGUAUCUUGGCUCUUCCCCAGGUUGUCUACACUGGGGACGAAGCAGGUCGAGUUUAUGAGUGGAACUGUAUUCAACGGCGAUGA